UGCGCCGGGAAAUAUAGACCUGGCCUGAUCGAUAUUUUUUCCUGACAGCGAUCGAUAGCGGAACGUCUUUUAGAAAGGUGUGUCGGUGUGUAUGUACAUAACUUAUUAGUUUUAAAACCUAACAGCUUCAAGCUGUUCAACAUUACACUGUUUUAAUGAAGUUUUAAUCCACCAAAGGAAGUUCUCCGAAAUCCAUUGUCUUGUUGCACCGUAAAAAAGGAUCUAUUCCAAUUAGGAUUAUUUCAAGUUAAUUAGGAUCAAUGUCUGACAUUUAUGGAGACUGUGAUUAUUAAUUUUAAACCACACAUAUGAGUUCGAGAUGACGAGAUAAACAACAAGGCCAGAGGUAUCUUACAAGGAUCUUGAAAACUUAACAGAAUUAGUUGGUGAAAAUGGAACCAAGCGAAGGGGAAAUUCCUAAGCCGUUAACUAAUGGAGUGGACCAUUCUGAUGAUUUCACACCAGAAAUCCAAAAAGAGAGAGUAUCUGAUGAAAUUACCAAUUGCUUCAUCUGCAAAAAGGUGUACAACUUGCCCAAAGUGCUACCAUGUUUCCACAGCUUUUGUUGCUCUUGUUUAGAAGACCAUAUAGCCAAGUCAUUGAAUCAAAAUGGACAGAGAAAUUUUGCCUGCCCAUUGUGCGAAGAGAAAUGUGAAAUUUCUUCAGGAGUGUUACCAGGACAGUAUGCACAUGGAUUUCAAGACGAUCUCUUUCUAGCAAAGCUAGUAGAGCUACAAAGUGCAAUGUGUGAUAGCAAAGAAUGUGAUAUUUGUGACAGGAGAGAUGAAAAGACACCUGCGUCACACUGGUGUAUGGAUUGCAACGAUGCACUUUGCGAUACAUGCCUCAAAGUUCAUCUGCAUGGAAAGACAACGGCUGGCCACUCUUGUCUAGCUAUUGCCGAAAUGAGAAAAAUACCCCUGGAAACAUUAAUGAAGCAAAAAAACAAAGUUCCCUGUUCCAAACACAGUGAACUGAUCACUUUGUUUUGCGUGGAUUGCCGAGACCCCCUAUGUGUUCAGUGCAUGGCCGUAUCUCAUAGGAGGUGUGAAAAUGUAAUCACCGUUGCGGAUGCUUUAACUUCCAGAACAGAUGUCAACGACGUCAUCUCGAGGCUUAGUAAGUUACAGAUGACCGUUGAAAAUAUUGGUGGAAUGGGACAACCGGACAGGAAUUUAGAGAGUAGCAUUCAUGAAGCACAAGAGAGAAUAAAUGCCGUCUGCAAUUCUAUCUGCGAUAAAGUUCGCGAGUACCAAUCCAAUCUUUUAAAGAAUCUCCAGUCGCAAUCAGAAAAAGCUAAAGGUCUUUUACAAGACCGCAUAGAGCCAAGAAAAACAGGGUUGAAAUCGAUUAAAGCUGCAAAUGACAGGAUGCAGACCCUUUUACGAUACGGAAGUGAUGUUGAGAUACUCCUAGCAUACAACCAAGUUCGAAAGAAGUUAGAUUCUUGCCAAGGAGCUAUCGGUAGCACGGAACAGAAAGCUCCUUCCGUUCGAUUAGAUUUCAUUUUGGAUGAAACAGUUGAGCAUUUCAUUGAAGGCUUUGACAGACUUGGGGAUCUGAUGGUGGAUGUGGGGGAUUCUGACGAGGGACUAAAUUCGUGGGGAGUGACUUGUACAUCGUCAGAUGACAUUAUCGUCACGGAUUGCAAAAACAAACGUAUACAGAAGUUCAGUAAGUUUGGAGAUUUGGUUGAUUACGUACAGCUUGAAGACGAACCAAGGGAUAUAACUACUUGUGGAAACCGAGAUGACGUCGCCAUUACAAUGAUAGGCAAACUGGUAAUAUUCCUCGCCACUCGAAAAACGAUGCAGCUCAUCAAACGCGCCAAGACGGAACGUCAGUACGACGGAAUCUCUUAUUCCGAAAAAGACGCCUUCCUGAUUGUCUCGUCCGUGCGUGACCAGGUCGUUGAUAUCAUUCAUCUAGACGGAAGUGUCUUGCGUUCAUUUGGAGCUGGGGCAGACGACAGGGUACUUUUCAAUGAGCCGCGAUAUGUAUCAGCAACACCGGAUCGAUCAAUCAUCAUUUCAGAUGUCGGUCAAAACGCAAUCAUCUGCAUAGACCUUACGGGAAGAGUUAUCUUCAGGUACAAACCAAAUGGUCAAAAUGGUCUAAAGAGACCACAAGGCGCAUGCGCAGAUAAACUCGGGAACCUCUUCGUAGCAGACUUCGGUAACAAUCGAGUCCAGUUACUCGCCAGUGAUGGCAUGUUUCAGAGACAUGUACUCGGAUUAGAAAGUGCACUGGAAAAACCAGUGGCAAUCCGAGUGAGCGGAAGCAAUCGAAUGAUAAUCGUUCAGAGUGACGGAAUGGUUAAGGUGUUUAGCUAUUCCUAAGACCAUUUAUGACAUACCAAAGAAUUAGAGAACGUGAUAUGCCAGUACUUUUUGUAUGCUUUUGUACAUGUGCAAGCAAAUUUAAUAUGCUUUAAAAUGCCAAAAUGAAGUUGAUAUUACGCAAAUGAAAGAUGUAUGAAAACCCAUUGCCAUUUCUAAAAGCUAUUCUCGUAUUUACCUACAUGUAUGAAACAAUCUUAUCAUAAAGGUAUUUUUAUUAUAAAGAGCUUAUUUCACUACCUCCUGUCCAAAGAGAAAAGUGUAGCGAUAUGCUUUAUUAAAGAAAAUCUAAUCACAUACUUAACGUAUCCUUUGGAUAUUCAAGCGCAUAUUUUAUUCUAUAAGAUUAAAUGUAAUCUCCUUCCCAUAAUCACUGCCAGCCUUUCAAGUUCAGUGAAAUUGUCUCCUGCUGGUCGUAUUAAUCAGAAAUCUUACGAUAACCGACAGUGUAUUUAAUAUAUCUCCAAUAUUACUUGGUCCACUGCAUUAUUUAAAAGGUUCAUUUAUACUCUUACCAAAUACGAAAUCUAUAGUGCAUUCUUUAAAUAUUCCUGCUUCUUAAUGUUGCACUAUAUCUGAGCUAAUAUGCAUUUUCUAAAUUGAUUCAUAUAUUCAAAGAUUCCUUUGUCAAUGCACAUAAUUUUCACAUCUACGCAGUGAAUUGAUGAUGAUUUAAAGAUUCGAUGGAAAAUGUGAAUUCUCCACUUCAAUGUUUUGAAAUGUGAUUCUUGUUAUCAUAUUCAAACAGCUUUGCCACAAAGGAGUGCUUUAAUCCGUCCAAAGUUAAAGAUAUUAUUACAAUGAAAUCCUAUUUUAGAAAUCACACAAGAUAUGUUUUUAUAUCCUUGCACCGUUUGCUCUGUAAAUUAUUUUAUUUUUAUAUUCAUUGUAUUCAUACCACAAUAUGAACUGACAUGAUUGUCUUAACAAUAAAAUAUAACCAGAAACCA